CCCACUGUUUUAAAUCAAACUAGUUCGAGUUACCUUAAAGUAAACACAAGUGAAUUGAAGUGACAGAAAAUGUAUAAAGUAGCAGUAUUAUUUGUGAGCGUUCUAGCGCUAUGGACAAAUUGUGAAGCGCGUGUCAUUGACGCGGCACCAAACAAUGUACCGAUCGAAGGUCGCAUUGUCGGCGGUAACGAGGUGGUGAAAGGCGAAUUACCCUACCAGGUGUCCAUACAAAACACAUUCGGCGAGCAUGUGUGCGGUGGCUCCAUUAUCGCACCGGAAUGGAUCUUAACAGCUGGCCAUUGCAUGGAUUGGCCCAAGAAGUACUUGAAGAUCGUCACUGGCACAGUCGAAUGGAAUAAGCCUGGCGGUGAAUACUUAGUGGAUGACGUCAAAAUACAUUGUCUCUACAAUAAGCCGAUGUAUCACAAUGAUAUUGCCUUGGUGCGUCUCAGCACACCCAUUGUCUACGACAAAUUUACGCAACCAAUACAGUUGGCUACGAGCAAUACCCUGAAGGAUGGUGAUAGUUUGUUGCUCAGCGGUUGGGGUAGCAUUAGAGCUUGGGGUAAUGCCGUGAACAAACUGAAUAAAGUGAGUUUGAAGUAUAUGGAUUACCAAACUUGCGUGAAGUCGGUGCGCAACAAGAAAUUCGUUGGCGUUGGACAUAUUUGUACAUCGACCAAGGAUGGUAAAGGCUCUUGCAGCUACGAUUCUGGCGGUCCAUUGGUCGAUGCCAAUAACGUGCAAGUUGGUAUUGUCAACGGUGGCGAACCAUGCGCUUUGGGUUAUCCCGACACCUUUGCCAGUGUGGCCUACUAUCAUGACUGGAUUGUCAGUACCAUUGAGGGCAAGAACGCUUGUUAAGUGUGGAAGUGUACGGAGAUGUUGCUGGAUUUGCAGAAACAUAAAGGAAAUGCCAUUCGCGAACAAAUACUUAAUAGUUAUAUAUUAGUUUCUAGUUUUUUACACAAAACUUUGCUCACAGAAACUGUGUUCUGAGUUAUUAAAUUGAAUAUUUUUGAUUGAAAAAUAA